GCGCCGCGUGUUCCCGGAGCGGGCCCGGGAUUGCUCCGGGAGCGGCCCCGGGAGCGGCCCGGCCCGGCCCCGCCAUGUGGUUCAUGUACGCGCUCAGCUGGCUGUCCCUGCUCGUGCAGGUGGCCUUCGUCACCCUGGCCAUCGCGGCCGGGCUGUACUACCUGGCGGAGCUGAUCGAGGAGUACACGGUGGUCACCAGGAGGAUCAUCAAGUACAUGAUCUGGUUCUCCUCGGCCGUGCUGGUGGGGCUGUACCUGUUCGAGCACUUCCCGGGGUUCCUGGUGGGCGUGGGGCUCUUCACCAACCUGGUGUACUUUGGAUUGCUCCAGACCUUCCCCUUCAUCGUCCUCACCUCCUCCAACUUCAUCCUGUCCUGCGUGCUGGUCGUGCUCAACCACUACCUGGCCUUCCAGUUCUUUGCUGAGGAGUUCUACCUGUUCUCUGAGGUCCUGGCCUACUUCACCUUCUGCCUCUGGCUGAUCCCCUUCGCCUUCUUCGUGUCACUGUCGGCCGGGGAGAACGUCCUGCCCUCCACGGUGCAGCCUGGAGACGACGUGGUGUCCAACUACUUCACCAAGGGGAAGAGAGGGAAGCGCUCCGGGAUCCUGCUCAUCUUCUCCUUCAUCAAGGAGGCCAUCCUGCCCAGCAGGCAGAAGAUCUACUGAGCUGGGAGAGCUGGGAUGGAGCCGGGACGGAGCCGGGACGGAGCCGGGACACCCCAGACUGUGCCGAGGGCCCCACAGCUCACCCAGCCCUCCCCCUGGCUCCCGAGGGGAUUUCCCUGGGAAUGGAUGGACUGGGACACGCCUGGAGCUGCCAGACACACGGGGAGGGCUGGCACUGCCUCCUCCAGCUCUGCUGAUCCCUCGGGAAUGUGGCCCAGGAGGAGGUCGGGCUCCGGCUGAGCCGAGCAGGGUCCGGCCCCGGGAAGUGUCACCUGUGGGAAUUCCCAGCCAGGUGUUUGUGCCUGGGGGGUUUUUGGGGAGCAGCUCCCUCAGGAUGGCACAGGACGGGCUCCAGCUUUCCCUGAGGUUUACACAGAGCCAUUAAUUAAAAGGAAAAGGAGGAAUUGGAAUAAAUCCGGAGGAUUCCGACGUUCCCGGGGAAGGGACGGCGAGGGCAGGACCUGUCCCUGCCCCCCUGGAAGGACCCAGCUGCUGGUUUGGUUUGGUUUUAGUGUUGGGAAUUCCUGUUUUUCUCUCUGGUUUGGCCAGGACUGUCCAGGAUGCUCCAGCUGCUGGGGAGCCGUUCAUGGGAGUGAAGUCUGCGCUCCAUGGGAAUCUCCUCAGCUUCUCCCGGGCCUCUGCUGGGCAUUCCCAGAGCUCUGAGCUCUCCAGGCCCCCCUCCUUUCCCAAAGGGAAAGAUUCAUGCUGAGGAGGAGGUGAACCCUUUGUUCUCGUUCCUUGUAACCAUAAAAAUCCCCUUUUUU